AUCACAGCAUCACCACAGGACACCCAAACAUCACGGUAAGAGCUGUAAUUAUCAGCCAACGCCCUGGUAAGAUAUGCUUGGUAGCAACCCAAGUGGGUUAUAGGGCCUCGUAUCGUUACACAUUGUGCAUAACAACCCGACGGAAAAGCGAUGCAGGCGGAAGCGACAAGGGAACUGUCCAAUGGCAGUGCCGUGAAUAUGGCGCCGGAGCAGCGGUUCGAGCAAGCCUCAGCCGAUGGGGCUUCAAUCACUGAACCGAGCGGUGAGGACCGACAAUCGUAUAAAUCUCCAUCUUCUGGUUCUCGAUCCAAGAGCAAGCACACAGAACACGGCAUACUGAAGAAGAGUGUUUCCUUCCACGCGGAUACACCGGCCUGCAACGAAUCAGAGACCAUGCAUCCAGCGACUUCGAUGUCAAGGAAUGCGGAAGAGACAGCAGAUGAGACGACGAGCAUUCUGGCCUCGGAGCGUGGUGGGCCGAGAGAUUACGCAACGACGAACCAGACGGCAGCUGGGAGGAGCUCGGCUGUAGACGGACUCCCGAACACGACGAAGAAGAGACGUCAGAGUGCACCGAAUGCUGCGUCCCCGUCAGGAGAGACCGCAGAGCCGAGGUGGAAGAAGAUGCUUGAGAAGUACGGCAGCGUAGAGUUGGAGAACAAAGGGAGCGUUGCUCGAGAUCAUCUGGCGCUGGAGCGCACUUUCCUCGCCUGGCUUCGCACCUCGCUGUCGUUUGCCAGCAUCGGCGUCGCGAUCACGCAGCUGUUUCGCCUCAACACCAGCAUAAGCGGCAACACGAGCAGCGGCGCCACUCAGCAUCUAAGGGAGGUUGGGAAACCCCUUGGGGCCACUUUUAUAGGCAUAAGCACUGUCAUUCUGUUCAUUGGGUUUCACCGGUACUUCGAGGGUCAGCACUACGUGAUACGGGGCAAGUUCCCGGCGAGUAGAGGCAGCAUCGCCCUCGUCGCCAUCAUUUCUGGAGCGCUCAUCAUCACAAGCUUAGUCGUCAUCCUUGCAAUCGGUAGGGGCGAGUUUGAGUCAUGACGAGAGCACACAUUUGCCAUGACACAAAGAUAGUGGAAUGGGAAAAGUGAGGGGUACAUUUAAAGAAAGGGAAACCGUGAGCUUGCUAAAUGCAGGGUCAAAAGAUCUCUAUCUUAGGUCGAUGACAGCGCGGCCUUCAAAUUUGCCGGCGUGCAUGUCGUCGAAUAUCUGGGUCAGCUCGUCCAUCUUCCUGAGCUGAUAAUGCGUCUUCACACGACCGGCCGCGACAAUGUCCAGACUUUCCUUAGCUUCGAGCCGGUUGCCUGUCUUGAUCGCCAUGAUGGACUGCUCCAUCAUUAACAUGGAUCCCACGACCGCGCCGGCAAUGGGCUUAAGAUCACCCUCGGGAACGCCCAAGCAGAUCACCUUUCCGCGGAAACCUAGCCAACCAACGGCUUGAUCGUACGCGGACUGGUGGCUGACGCACAUGAGCACGAUGCGCGCACCACCGCCUGUCACUUCGUGCACCUGCGUGGCGAGCCCCGCCGCGUCGAACUUGCUAAAAUCAAGGAAAGCCUCUGCACCGAGCGACUUGCAAAACUGCUCCUUUGAGCCACUGUCGAUGGCGAGCACGCGCGCACCCAUCGCUUUCGCGUACUGGAUUCCCAAGUGGCCUAACCCACCGCCUGCGCCGCUAAUGAGCACCCAGUCGUUGUACUUCACACCCGCCCUCUUCAGUGCCGUGUACAUGGUAAUGCCAGCACACAUUAGCGGUGCCGCCGCAGCGAGAUCCGUGAUCUCUGGUGGAAUGGGUGUCACGUACUUGGCCCAGGAAAUACAGUAUUGCUGGAAAGUGCCAGGAGUGUAGAAGCCCGAGACGCGCACGGAGGGGCACGAGGUUUCGCCGCCUUCGAGGCAGAUGCUGCAGUUGAGGCAUGCGUCGGCCGCAUACUUAAUACCUACCACCGUCCCUACUGGCGGGGAUGUGACACCCGGGCCGAGAGCGACAAUUUUGCCGACGCCUAGCGAGUCACAUCAGAUUUUUGAUCACUUUCUCAAAGUAUGUCGCUCUUGAAGAAGCAAUUACCUUCAUGUCCGCCAAUCUGGCCUGCAAGCAGAACCGCAAAUUAGCCUCUUUAACAACGAACGGCCGUCAAAAAGCGUACCUUGAGGUGUUGGUAUAGGGUUGCCUUUGAACGCGUUUGUGCAGAAGCCGUAGUCGGUAUGGCAGACGCCUGAGUAUUCGCUGCCUCAGUGUCAGCCCUGCCAGCAUGGAUUCUCAGAGAGCCUAUCCAGCUCAAUAAACGACAUAGCGCAGGAGGGAGCACCGACAGCCUUACAAGGACCUCGCCAGGUCCGGGAGCUGUCACGGGCAGCUCAACGACCUGUGUCUUGGUGGUUCCGGGCUCAGCAUAGAUGAUGGCCUUGUUCUUCAAGGUGGAGUAGUCCAGCGCCAUAUUUGGGGCUCCUUCGGCUCACUGAAGGCUUUCGUGUCUCUCUUAGCUCUUCCUUCUAUUUUCUGCACAGAAGGAUUGGUCGUGCCUCAGCAGCGGGACUUGCUAGCGUCUCUGUUGAAGAGAGGCACGGACGGCGGCGGAGGGGCUCGCUCGCGACCAGACAAUGUCAGAAACAAUCCACAGCGAAGCAGUUUGGUGACCGUCGAAAGGAAGGUGGGGGGAGGGGGAACAAGCCAAAAUUGAACCGUUGGUUGGGAUUGAGAUGCCGGGGGAAAAGGGAAAACGACCACGAGCAGUUGCACUUGUGUGUGAGGACAAGAGAGUUUGCAAAGCGGCUCCGAUGGCACGCCAACGCUUUAUACGUACAACCGCCUGGCCGGAUCGCGGUCCAUACACGAAGUCUUCGAGUCGAGUCGAGUGCUUCCUGGGUCACUUCGAGUCGUCCCGUCCGGGCAGGAACGACAUGCGGGGUUUAAGCGCGCCGAUUCGCUGCGCGGGGGCGGAUGCGGCAUCCGCACGAGCCAAGGGGGCCCGGCGUCAAGGGUCCAGUACAACAGACUCGGGCAGGACUGCCUCGUUCUUAGGGAACUUCACACUGCACCUCGUGCUAGCAACAGACACGUUUUCACGGAAAAAAGGUAGCACAAACACGCUCUGUCUGUGCAAGAUCAGGACAUGGCCAACGAUGAAACGCCCGUAGAUGGUUCGCUCAACGCCUUGUAGAUAUGCUGUACGUACAUCCGAUCGAGAGAAAGAGGCUGGCAGCGCAGCUCGAUUCUGCCGGCCUUCAUUCAUGCUCCCAAAACAUAACUGAUAGCGCUCGAAUCGCAUUACGCACUGAUGCUAUGACUGCCAUGUGCUUCAACCAAUAUGUGCACCCCCUCCGUCAGACCUAUUCUUGUAUGCGCACCUCGCGUCAUCUUCCGACUGUCAUGGCUGGAUAGAAAUCUCCCAUUCGAGACCGGCCCCACCCCCGCGGUAAUACCACAAUCGGGUCCACGUUGUCUGAGACAAUUUCACAUGGGCGGCAACCAGGAGGGGCAUCCGUUCUUCUGAGCGGCUUGAGAAUAGGGCGAAAAGACUCAAAUGCUGGUACAUUUCGUGAAUGCUCCGUCCUUCCUUCUGCCUGCCACGUCUUCCUCCCAUUACACUACGUUGCCUGUCGUGUCAAGAAAAGAAAAACAAGAUCGAAAGCCUCCUUUUCAUAGUUGUCCCUGUAUAUAAAUGCAAUUCAGAGCAGAUGAAGAAGAGAAAAGAACGAAUACAAUGCCGUAAGAGAGUGGUUAAGCAGGAAUGAGAGGGGGG